CGGGAAGGGCAUCUGUGGUGACAGCGUGUCCUCAGCCUUCCCAUGUUCUGGGUACUGAUGGAUGUUCCUCUGGACUGGCCUCCAGACAGUGCAGACCGCCCUCCCCCCGUCACCACUGUGGUUUGAAUCGGCCACUGCUGGGGUUCGGCCAUGCCCCGGCGCAGGACGAGCGGGCUGCUGCACCGGCCCGUGUACAGACCGCUCCCUGUGAUCCAGGUCCAGCUCUGAAGGCUCACGGCGCUCCUCACACUCCUACACACUGUUUUCACAUGAAGGGCCUGACCGGGUCCGUUUCCCAGCUGAGAAAAGCAGCUCGCACUCCUCACUUCAGUGUGCUCUGGUUGCUUCUUCUGUGCCCUUCUUCUAUCAAAAUGGGUAAAAUUCUGCCUGCUCCGGUUCCUUGGACCAGUUCAGUGGUGAACCCAGUCUUUAUCUUGUGACACAGUCCACAUCAGUUUUGUUCUAUAGGUACUUUGAACCGUUCAGGACUGGCUGUGGCACCAUGGAGCAUGUUGAUCUGAAGUGAGGGGAGGGGCGUGUUUGCUUCUGCAGCGCCUGUAGAAACAAGGUUUCUGCACCAGACUUUUAAGCUUCUCUUUUACUGACUGUAUCAUCCCUGACUAUACAUCAGGACCAGCCAAAGCCAGCAGCUCCUCCUUCCUGCAGAGAGCCCUCCUGUGAUCGGACGGAAGUUCUGGGUUCUGCUCUUCUCACUGCAGACGGCCUCUGGAUGACAGGCUUGCUCACCAAGUACUUUCUCUAAAAGCGCCCUCGUGACCCCCACCCAUACUAAAAGAGAUGCCUGGUAGCAGCAGUAAGAGUGGGGGACGGGGUCCGUCCUCAUCGCCCCUCCCUCAUGCGGUGGUCCCAUCCAGCAGACCUCUGCGACCCUCUCGCUACGUCCCGGUGUCCGCCGCCACCUUCUUCCUGGUCGGCUCCACAACGCUCUUCUUUUGUUUCACGUGUCCGUGGCUCUCGGAGCGUUUCUCAGUAGCUGUUCCCAUCUACAAUGGAGUCAUCUUCCUCUUUGUUUUGGCCAAUUUCUGCAUGGCCACGUUCAUGGACCCCGGCAUCUUUCCAAGAGCUGAAGAGGAUGAGGACAAGGAGGACGACUUCCGGGCCCCCCUGUACAAGACGGUGGAGAUCAGGGGAAUCCAGGUCCGGAUGAAGUGGUGCUCCACGUGUCGCUUCUACAGACCGCCACGCUGCUCCCACUGCUCGGUCUGUGACAACUGUGUGGAGGACUUCGACCACCACUGCCCCUGGGUCAACAACUGCAUCGGCCGCAGGAACUACCGCUACUUCUUCCUCUUCCUGCUGUCGCUCACCGCCCACAUCGUGGCCGUGUUCGGCUUCGGCCUGCUCUUCAUCCUCAACCACCGCCAGAGCGUCGACCGCCUGCACGCCAUCGUCACGCUGGCUGUGAUGUGUGUGGCGGGCCUCUUCUUCAUCCCUGUGGCCGGUCUCACUGGAUUCCACAUCGUCCUGGUGUCCCGAGGCAGGACCACCAACGAGCAGGUGACCGGGAAGUUCAGAGGAGGAGUGAAUCCUUUCACGGACGGCUGUUGGAACAACGUCUCCCAUGUGCUGUGCAGCUCUCAGGCCCCCAGGUAUCUGGGCAGGAAGAAGUGUGUGCAGAGUGUGUGUGUGCAGCCUCCCUUCCUCCGGCCACAGCUGACUGAGGCUCAGCUGGCUGCCAAGAUCCUGGACAACGGCAUCCAUGGAGACCUGCACAGGUCCAAGUCCAGUCUGGAGAUGAUGGAGAGUCAGUCGUGUGACGCCGAGCCGCCGCCUCCUCCUAAACCAGAGCUUCGUUACCCUGGAAUCACCCGAGGAAACACCGAGGAGUGCGGCCUCCUGAAUAAAGCCCCUCCCACUCCCACCAUGUACAAGUACCGGCCCCCCUACAGCCCCAGCAAGAACCACACUGCUCUCACUCAUGCUUACGCAAACCAGCUGAGUCGGGGCGAGAGUGUGGGCAGUGCCAGGGACUCGUCCUCGUCCACCUCGUCCCUCCUGCAGUCCAGCCAGCAGCUGGGGUUCCGCUCGCAGCCCAGCCUGGACCGGAGGGAAGCGCCGUUGGACCGGUUGGCGGAGAGGAGGGAGGGCGGGGGCCGGGAGGCGGGGGGAGGGGGAGGGGGGAUCCCCGGGUACUCCCUGGGCGGCCGCUCCUACCCCUCCUUUUCCGACCCGGCGGUCCUGUCGGGAGCGGCGUCCCGGUCGUCCGCCGCUACCCCCCACCUGUCGGAGACCACGUCGGCCAGCUUCAAGAGCCUGGCCAACCAGACCCCCCCGCCGCUCCACCCCCCCCGCAACGGCAGCCUGUCCUGCGACAGCCUGCUGACCGGAGGGGAGGGGCCGGACGCCGCCGGCGCCGAGGGCUCCGCCGGGAGGGCCCGGCCGCCCGCCGCGGGGGGCCGCAGCCCCCCCUUCCCGACAGCGCAGCAGUCUCCUCACCACCGACACUCCUCCCACCACCACCCCUUCCUCCACCGCUCCUCCUCCUCCACCUCCUCCUCCCCCCCGCCGCCCCCGGAGAGAGAACACCUGCUUGGAGAAGCCAGUCACGGCUCCGGACCCCCCCCCUCUGCAGCCCCGCCUCCCCCACACCACCACCACCACCACCACCACCAUCACCACCACCACCACCACUCCUCCACCUCCCGCCCCCCGCGCUUCGCCGCCCCCCACGCACCCCCCCACCACGCCUACCCCUACCGCACCCGCUCCACCGACACGCCCCUGGGCUCCUCCUCCACCACCCACCCCCCUCGCUCCCCCCACCCCCCUCCCCUCGGCAAGUCGCUCUCCUACUCCAGCGCCGCCGCCGCCGAGAUGCAGUACCGGCUGGUCCGCAACGCGUCGGCGUCCGCUGCAGCCAACGCGGCGGGGGUGGGGGGAGGAGGAGGAGGAGGCGGGGGGGGAGGAGCAGGAGGAAUCCAAGCCCCAAAGGGUGACGAGCCGGUCCAGGGGAACGUUCUCGGUCCAGCCAAUGGCAGUCAGCCCCUCCCCCCCUCCUCCUCUUGCUCCGCUCCCUCCUCUCCGUCUCACUUUAUCAGACGGACCAUUCAACUGGACGCGGCGCCGAGCCCCGCCCCCAGGGCGCGGGGCGGGGUGAAGAAGGUGACGGGUGUCGGGGGCACCACCUACGAGAUCUCUGUGUGAGCGGCGGGGGGCUCCGGUGGUCCGGACCGCGAGCCUUCUGAACACUGCCUCACUUUAGGGUCAGUGGCCGGACCCCCACCCCUGCAGAGCGACGGACCGGACCAGAGUGUGAAUUCAGAGUGAACCGAGCAAUGAAAUGGCUCCAAACACACCGACCACGUGGAAAACCAGACAAUCACAUCUGCUGCUGCCAGCGCCUCAAACCCUGCUGUCAAGUACAGAAACAGGCCUGGAGCGCCGGUCUGCUCCGUAACGGGUUCACAACCCCGGGUCACAGGUUUAUAAUCCCUGAUCACAGGUCCAUAACCCCUGAUCACAGGUCCAUAAUCCCUGAUCACAGGUCCAUAACCCCUGAUCACAGGUCCAUAACCCCUGAUCACAGGUCCAUAACCCCUGA